CUGGGGUGAGAAGCAAGGACUUUUCAUUCUUUGGGGAACUCUCCCCACGUCCUGCUUAGGAGCGGCUCAGGCUGUGGCCCGGGCGUCUGGGUGCUAUGGGAACCAGCUUCCUGCUCCCACUCUCCGGUCUCAGCAUCCUGUUGGCUUUGGCAGGAUCAGAAGCAAAGUAUUAUGGAGCUCUCUGUCCUCCAUGCCCUGCAAAGGCCAACUGCCACAACAGCACUCACUGUGUCUGCCAAGAUGGAUUCCAAUCCAGAUCGAGAAGGAAGUACUUCACUGAGCCCUAUGAGAUAUGUGAAGAUAUCGACGAGUGUAAGUCUGGACUGGCCAAGUGCAAGCAUGAAGCAUACUGCAGUAAUAAGGUCGGGACGUAUGUGUGCAGCUGUCUGACCUUCCUCAACUGGAUAGCUCGUCAAUUUAACAUCCAUUAUCCAGGUUGUUAUGAGGACAGUGGUGAGGCAACCCAGUCGCAGAUGGACAUCUGGGAAACUCUACGGAAAAAUGAAAGCAAAAAGGACAUUGCAAGAACGGCUACCCAGCUACUUCAGAACAUGGAACUGACCAUAUUCAAUAGAAGUUUUGCUGCUCCAGGAAAGGGUGAAGAUUCCAUAUUUGAUUUAGUCUAUGAAACCAAGAGAUGCAAUGAGACAAGGAAGAAGACUCUUCUGGAAGCUGGAAAUAACAUGAUGGAUAUUGACUGCACUGAUGCCUUCAAAGGAAACCUAAGAGAUAGGAGUGCAGUUUCUCUCAUCACUUACAGAUCUCUUGGGGACAUUCUGAAUGGAUCCUUUUUCAAUAACAGAAGAGGGAUGCAGGAAGUAAAACUAAACUCUCAUGUGGUGAGUGGUACCAUCGGUUUGAAGGAGAAAGUCGACCUGUCUGAACCUGUGUUCCUGACUUUUAAGCAUACUGAGCCCGGUGGUGCAAGAAGAAAACAUUUAUGUGUCUACUGGGAAGGAUCGGCCGAGAGGAACGGCUGGUCGACCGACGGCUGUUUUCACGUGGACAGCAACGAUUCCUACACCAGAUGCAAGUGCUUCCACCUGUCCAGCUUCGCGGUGCUCAUAGCUCUCAGCCCCAAGGAGGACCCUGUGCUGACCGCCAUCACCUACGUGGGGUUGAGCCUGUCUCUGCUAUGCCUCCUCCUGGCAGCCCUCACCUUCCUCCUGUGCCGGCCCAUCCAGAACACCAGCACCUCCCUGCAUCUGCAGCUCUCGGUCUGCCUCUUCCUGGCCCACCUCCUCUUCCUCACGGGCAUCAACAGAACUGAGCCUCAGGUGCUGUGCUCCGUCAUCGCAGGUGUGUUGCAUUACCUGUACCUGGCCUCCUUCACCUGGAUGUUCCUCGAAGGGCUUUACCUCUUUCUGACCGUCAGAAACCUCAAGGUGGCCAACUACUCCAGUGCAAGCAGAUUCAAGAAGAAGUUUGUGUACCCUCUGGGCUACGGGAUCCCCGCUGUGAUUGUUGCUGUGUCUGCAAUUGUUGGACACAGACAUUAUGGAACCAGUACUCACUGCUGGCUCAAGCUUGAUAAAGGAUUCAUCUGGAGUUUCAUGGGGCCGGUGGCUGUCAUUAUCUUGAUAAACUUGACGUUCUACAUCCAAACUCUGUGGAUUUUGAGAAGCAAACUUUCCUCCCUCAAUAAAGAAGUUUCUACCAUUCAGGACACAAGAGUCAUGACAUUUAAAGCCAUUGCUCAGCUAUUUAUCCUGGGAUGCUCUUGGAGCCUCGGAUUUUUUGUGGUUGAAGAAGUUGGGAAGACGGUCGGAUCAGUCAUUGCCUAUUUAUUCACCAUCAUCAAUGUCCUGCAGGGAGUUCUCCUCUUUGUGGUACACUGUCUCCUUAAUCGGCAGGUACGAAUGGAAUAUAAGAGAUGGUUCAGAAGAACACGGAAAGGGGCAGAAACAGAAAUCACUGAGAUGUCUCGUUCUACGACCCAGACCAAAAUGAAAAGAUGUCACAUUGGCCCAGCCACCUCCAGUCUUGGUCUCUGUUUCUUGGAUGAAGGUGAACUGACUUGUUUAUGGACAAUACUCAGACAUGGGUUGGACAAAUGCCACCAUUCUCUCUCCCCUGUGAAAUGCCCAGACUCAUUCACCUAUUUUGACUUUUUUUUUUUUCAGUUUUUUACUAUAGGGUACAUGCGCUUGCCAGAGAGACAGAGAGAGGGAAAGUGAGAAAAGGGGAGGAAGCUGUAAGCCAUGAACAACCAAGACUCCUAGCAGCUGGGGUGUGAGGUGUGGGGAGAUUGGCCCUAAUAAAAAACCACUUGGUGAGGCAUUAAUUGCAAGAGUCAAAGAGAAUGGACCCCAGGGAGGAUGGCUACACUGCAGUCCCUUCUCCUCCAUUCUCCUCUAGGGAUUUUGGGCAUGCAUGCACAUGUGCCUGGCAUGUUUUUCAUGCCACCAGGUCUGGGGCUUGAACUACACAGUCAGCCAUGUGGGAUCUAGCACCUUAACUACCACACCACCUGUUGGUCCCAUCUGUUUUAACUUUUAUCUUCAUAGAAAGAACACCACCGUCCCUCACUCACGUUGUAUUGCCACCAGAAAGGAUCUCUUGGCCAAGUCUGACAAGUUUCCUAUUUCCUUUGCCUGAUGGCUUUUUGGAUUUACAUGUGUUUAUGGGGUCGUUUUAUUUUUUUAGUGGCAUCUUGAACAUGUGCUGGUGCAAAUGCCCCUGAUCAAAUGGAGUGGUAUGUCAGUGCAGUGGUUUGGUCUCUCUUUUUUUUUCUAUUUCUUUUUUAAAUUUUGCUCAAGGGCACAUGCACUCAACGAGAGAGAAAAAGAGAGAGAGAAAGAGAGUGAAAUUAAGAAACAACCCCUAGGAAGGUGUGUUCACAUCACAGUCACUUCUCCAUUUCUCCCUCCAUUUGGGAUUUGGGGCAUGCACCAUACACAUGCUGGCAUGUCUAUCAAGCCACUAGGUCUGGGCUUUGAACUGUGUAGUCAGCCAUGUGAGAUCCAGCCACCUUAACCACCAGGCCAUGAGCUGGCUCUUUUUUUUUUUUUUUUUUAAUCAUUACUCAUACUUUUCCGAAGUAACUGGUUUUUAGGUAUAUUUUUCAGCGCAUUAAUAAAUGCAUAGUGUGUUAAUCGUGCCAGAAAAGGAAAUGUUACAUGUCGUAAAGCUAUAUGUGAUUAAAUGUAACAUAAAAAAUGCAGAGAUGACUAUGUUACCAGAUUGGAAAAUUCAUUUGGUAUACUGUCGCGAUACACAGUUAUUAAAUGUAAAAAAAUGAAACGUGUGAAAUGAUAACAACCAUCAAUGUUAAAAUAGCACGCAAGAGUUGACAUAAUUCAUUUGAAGAGACUGCAUGUGUGGGUUUUGGAUUAUGGACGGAAGAUUGUGACUUUUUCCACUUAAUCAAAAAUGUCUUCUCAUCAUGGACACGUGAUUCCCUCCCACUGCUGGCUUUGAGAUGAUAGGACUCCCUAAAUUGUAAAGAGGUCAAAUGUAGGGAUAGUCACAUGGGUUUUUAAAUGAGUGCAUGCCGUGACAAUUUUCAUAUUGCAUCCUUUCAAAUUCCCACCAAUAAAACUCGUAUAAAAUGCAACUUUCUGGUCCGUUGAUGUGUCCUUGUGCUUAAUUCCUAUUCUACUCACAUCUGGUCCAAGACUGUUGCAGGAAGACAGAAUAAACAACUGAAUAUUCCAGGUCUUGCAGGGCUAAGUUUCAG